AUGAUACCUCGAGAAGGUGCAUUACAUGCAUUGAUGCGAUUUUUAGAAAAGAAUUCUCAUCAUGGAAAAAUUGGUACAUUAUCCAUUGAUGCUAUUAUGAGAAUGGCUCGUUUAAUAUUAGAUACUAAUUGUUUUGCUUAUAACAACAAAUAUUAUCAACAAACUCGUGGUGGUGCUAUGGGCUCAGCAUUUACACAAGUAUUGGCUAAUAUCUAUAUGUCUGAAUGGGAGCAAGAUUUAAUCAAACAUCAAACAGUACACAAAGGAAUGUAUGGAAGAUACAUCGAUGAUAUAUUCAUGAUAACUAACCAAACCAUAGAUGAAAUUAAAACAGAACUCGAAAAAGCUGCCAAUAAAGAUAUUAAUAUUAAAAUUCACUAUGAAAUUGAUACAUCAAUUAAUUUUUUGGAUGUUACUAUAACAAAUGAAAAUGGGCAAUUAAAAACAUCUCUUUAUCAUAAACCAACUACUGAACCUUAUAUAUUGCCAUACACAUCCGAUCAUCCAAGACAUAUUCAUCGUAAUAUACCAUAUGCUGUUCUACUACGUGCUGCUCGUAUUUGUUCUGACGUACAGGACUUCAAUACAGAAUGUAUUCGUAUCGAUAUGUCCCUAUUAUUAAAUAAUUAUCCACCAAAUUUCAUUAGAAAUCAAUUCAAUCGAUUCUUCCAAGUAAACAGUGCCAUGCCAGUUCUAAAUGAAUUGAAUUCUCAAGCAUACAGUCACCUACAUGAACAACUAUUGUAUCAAUCGACACGACGUGAAAAGCAACUUCACACAAUGACACAAGAUCCGAUUCGAUCACCUACAGUAUUGCAACCGAAGAUAUGGGAUCCAAAUAUCAUGUACCCGCAUUAUCUCUUCGACAGUUCUACAUCUACCGCUUUUCGAAAAAGAUUUACACAGUGGUGGCGAACUCACUAUGCAU